CCCCCCCCCUGAGCGCCGAUCCCGCCCCCCUCCGUGACAAGAAUGCUCUCCCGCGUGGUCCCGAUGGCCUCCCGCUUCGGCGGUGUCGCCGCCCGGCAGUUUUCUCGCACCGCCGUUCCGGCCGUCUCGCAACGGUCCGGCGGUGCUGGCCAUCCCUCCUCCUCGGAUUCGGACUACGACUUCUUCCGGCAGUUGAACAAUCCCCACCGCACGAAUGACUCCUUCUCCAACAAGAAGGGCGCGGCCCUGGGGUCCGACUUGGAUUUCGAGUCCAGCGACACCGACCAGCUGUUCUAUGGCCAGAGCAACCUGAACGACUUCUCCAAGUACAUGUAUGACUCCGAGGUGCCGGUCUUCUCGGCCACUUCGCCGACCUCCGCCUCGACUCCCUCCUUCUCCGACAUCAUCUCCCAGGUGAACCGCAUGAACCUGUCCUACAGCAACGACACCAUGAACAUCCCGGCAGAGGAUAUCACCGAGGCCAUCGAGGUCGCCCUGCGGGCAGAGGAGGAGAUCAACAAGACCAGCCUUUACGACUCGCGUCUCAGUGCCCCGCCCUCGAUCGACCCGAACACCUAUGUGGACGGCCUGUCGCCGCUCCAGUUCCAGGGCCUCUCCUCCGACGUGCGCAAGAUCUUCUCCCUGGCCAAUGCCUCGCAGGCGGAGAUCAACAAGUUCAACAUCCGCCGGUCGAUGGAUGCCAUGCGCCGCUCGCCCGUGGACAGCGGCUCUCCCGAGGCUCAGAUCGCUGCCAUCACCACCCGCAUCGACUACAUGACCAACCACAUCAAGAUGCACCCGAAGGAUUCCAGCUGCCGCCGUCGGAUUGUGCAGCUCGUGCACCGUCGCCAGCGCAUGCUGUCCUACCUGAAGCGCUCCUCGCUUGAGCGUUACGUUCAGACCGUUCAUGCUCUUAAGCUCCGCUCGGCGUAGUGGCCUACGCGUGCUCCACACUCGCCUUCCGGCGUUGCCUCCACCGCCGCCACCGUCGUCGCGCA